AUGCACAUCACAAGGAAAUUAGGCAUACGCUUUCUGUGGAUCGAUUCUCUCUGUAUAGUUCAGCAAGAUAGGACGGACUGGGAAUCCGAGGCUACAAGAAUGGGAGAAGUGUUUGCUUUCGCUUACUGCACAAUUGCUAUUUAUCCGCCCAAGGAGGCGAGCGGAAGUUUCGAAGAGGGCAUAGAGGGCGGAGAACUGAGUCGUCGAGGAUGGAUAUCGCAGGAACGAGGCUUGUCACGCCGAACGAUCCAUUUCGUUGGAGAGCAAAUGUACUGGGAGUGCGGGUCUGUGGUUUGGGAUAAAACUAGUGAUAAGGGUUCGAGACAUAACAUCUUCAUCGUCCGUCAGAGAACUGAGAGUACCAUCAUGGCCUUGGAUGUCGUACACAGGGAAAAUCCAGUUGGAUCCGUUAUGACUGUGAAGAUAAUUGCAAUACCGAAAGUCGCGAGUAUAUUAUUCUUGGCGAAGGGAAGACGGGUUGGAGAGAGUAUAGUAGUGACCUAG